GGCGCUGCCGCGCUUUCGAAGACGCACCUGUGGGGAGCGCCCACCUAAGCGGGAAGUCUCUUAUCUCCCGGCGCGGCGCAGCAUCCAGCAAGUCGAGAGGCGGCGGCGGUGCUGAGCCGGGGCUGAGAGGCGGAAUGGAAGGUUUCGUUCGGCUGCUCUUCGGUUACUUGGUGGCGGACUUGCUUACGCUGGUUUGUCGGGCUCAGGAGAAAGCCGGCCAGCAGCUGGGGAGUUUCGUGGUGCUCUCGGGAGGAAACCGCUCCAGCCUUGGGGAACAACCGGACCCCUCCGAGCCACCUCCCACCCCGGACUUCUGCAGGGGCUACUUCGACGUGAUGGGGCAGUGGGACCCUCCCUUUAACUGCAGCUCGGGGGAGUUCAUCUUCUGCUGCGGCACUUGUGGCUUCAGAUUUUGCUGCAAGUUCAAGAAGACAAGGCUGGAUCAAAGCACCUGCACGAACUACGAGACGCCGCUGUGGAUGAACACUGGGAAGCCUCCUUCCCGCAUAGAUGACCCUCUGCACGACCCCACCAGGGAUAAAACCAACCUCAUCGUCUACAUUAUCUGUGGGGUUGUGGCAGUUAUGGUGCUGGUGGGAAUCUUCACCAAACUAGGGCUGGAAAAGGCACACAGACCUCAGCGGGAGCACAUGUCCAGGGCUCUCGCUGAUGUGAUGCGACCACAAGGUCCUUGUACAACAGAUCAUAUGGAAAGAGAUCUCAACAUUGUAGUACACGUGCAACAUUAUGAAAACAUGGAGACAAGACCUCCUCCAAAUAAUUUACAUCCACCACAGAUGAAUAAUGUUAUGCCAACAUCCCCCCUCCUUCCUCAGAUGGCACAUCAACACUCAUAUCCCAGCUUGGGACAGAUCACAAACCCAUACGAGCAACAGCCCCCAGGCAAAGAGCUUAACAAGUACGCCUCCCUAAAGGCAGUCGCUGACAAAGUCAACGACGACUUCUACACCAAACGCCGACAUCUCGCAGAACUGGCUGCCAAGGGGAGCCUUCCGCUGCACCCGGUGCGCAUAGAGGAAGACAGAGCGUACACAAUCGACAGUGGCUUAACCAAACAGAACGGGCAGAAAUCCAAAAUGGCAAAGAUACACACACACCCGUUAGGCUACAAUUCCCAUUACAAGACCUGGGAUCCAAACGACCAGUCUCUUAGACGGCAAGCAUAUGCAAACAAGGGGAAAUACAGUAUGGGAGACCCAACAUUAAGUGACCCACUGACAACGCGGAGUCAGAAUUAUUUGGGUCCACAGCCAUACUUCAUAACCAACAGCAAGACAGAAGUAACUGUUUGAGCUUUUCUUUUCCUUUUUUUUUUUUUUUUUUGUAAAGAAAUCCUUUAAAAAACACAUGCAAAUAUAACACACAACACACUCGACUGAAAGGCAAAAAAUAAAUUUUAAAACAUAAAAAGGAAAAAACAAAACAAAACAAACAACCCACAG